AGCAGCGAGCUGGCUGGCACUUUAAUUAUGACAAAAUUUGCGUGAGUGAUAGUCAAAUGAUGCCGCAAGCACCGACGAUCGCUGAAGUGUUGGAGCGGGGAAAAGGUAAACAAGUAAAAAACCAACGACGCAGAGACAAUAAAUGGAAAAGAAAUUAUGAAAUGUGCUCAGAGUGUUACCACAAAUCAAAGCCAGUUGGCAGAAGCGAUGGCAGUCGGAGCAGCAGCAUCUUGAGGUAUCCGAAAACCCGUUUUCGGAGUGAUCUUCUGGCGGGUUGGCUUUGCGGCUGUCUGCCCCGCCGGAGUUCAUUUAGCUGCCAGCAGGCGAAGAGACCACAACGCUCCGUUUACCCCCAAAAAAAACAGAGCAAGAUGACCUCCCUCUGGCUGUUAAUAUCGAUGCUGGCCUUGGUUGGCAGCCAGGAGUACCAUUACCAUCGACCCCAGACUCCUUUCGGGGUGGAAACCUACCAUCACCAGGCUCAGUCAAAGCCACGUAUCCACAAGUUCGUGGUGGAGACCUUGGGUCGCACGUACGGCUUGGAAACGCAGCGGGCACCGGCCGUCUACGAGGAUCACCAGACCCAGAUUGUGCAGGCUGUGCACCAGCGUCAGGUGCCGCAGUAUCAGCAGUAUACCCAGUACCAGGCUCCCCAGCAGCAGUUGCACACCUCCAGCUACCAGAAUCCCCUGCUGGUCAGCACCAAUUACCAGGCGCCUCCUGUGUCCGCGCCUCCUCCAGUGCCCGCUCCUCCUCCGCAGCCCCUCAGCUACUACGCGCCACAGCAGCAGCAGCUGCAGCCUCAGCCUGCUCCCAUCCAGGCUGCCAACUACUACCCCCAACAGCAGCCAGCUCCGCAGCCACCAGCCACCUAUCUGCCUCCUCAGCAGCCUGCCCAGAAACUCUUCUUCGGCAAUCCCUUUCCCUAUGCCCCAGUCACCACAGGAUCGGGACAACAGGUCCUGGACGCAGGACACGGGUCUGGAGUGGCGCCCAAUGAGGUGCAGGCUCAGCUGCUGCAGGCCACGGGAUCGGCUCAGCCGGAAACCCGGGUGGGUGACCAUGUGGGCCAGUCGCAGAGCUCCAACCUAGAUGGCUACGACUACAAGCAGACCGUUGCCGGGGACACCAGGGACUACCAGCGGUUCGUCACGAGCUGCUCGGGAGGUGGAGGCUGCCAGCAGAGGGAGCUGAAUCCCGGCGAGGUAGAUGAGAGCCACCAGAGGGUCCUGCAGACUGUCAGGGCCUCCACCCAGGCGCGCGUCGAGGGCUGCUUUAAGAGCCCGGUGGUCUAUGUGCCAGCUGGAGCAGCUGUCAAUGCUCAGGGUCAACUGAGGCCCAGGAACCGACGCAUCUUCGAGCGCAAGGAGCAGAUCCUCUCCAGAUAUCCCUACAACUAAGUCCCGCCUCUCUAAACACUCACCGAACUUCACAUCGAAUUUAUUAGUUGUUAUGCUUAGUUGUCCGCUCGUUGAUUGUUGUAAAUAAAUCGACCGAAGAUUACU